AUGUCGUCCAAACCUACAUUUGAGGUGCCGCCAGGGGCGGUGGCCCGUGUGAGCAUCAUCGACUCAACACUGAAACUGGAUGCCCUACCAGUUUCGUACCUCAUGACGCCACCAAUUGAUGGCUUCGAGACGUUCCCUACUAUCCCCUCGUGGUCUUUCCUGGUCGAGAGCCGGACGGGCAAGAAAGCAUUGUUUGACCUCGGUGUGCCUCCCGAUAUCGAGACGUUUGCGCCUGUGGUCACGGAGAGGCUCAAAAGUUUCGGUUGGGAUGUCAAAGCAGAGAAACAUGUUGCCGAUAUUCUCCGAGAGAAUAAGGUCGAUCCUGCUAGCAUCAAUAGUGUGAUCUGGAGCCACUGGCACUGGGAUCACAUUGGGGAUCCUUCCACUUUUCCGGGGACGACCGACCUUGUAGUUGGGCCUGGAUUCAAAGAUGCAUUCUACCCAGGCUACCCUGCAAAGCCGGGUUCUCCUGUCCGUGAAAAGGAUUUCGAAGGUCGAGAGCUUGUUGAGAUCGACUUUGGCACCCGAUCCUUCAAAGUCGGAAAGUUUGACGCCGUUGAUUUCUUUGGCGAUGGUUCUUUCUAUCUUCUCAACACUCCUGGUCAUGCGAUAGGUCAUCUGGCAGGACUAGCUCGGACUUCAGCCAACCCGGACACUUUCAUCUUCAUGGGCGGGGACCUGUGCCAUCACGGAGGUGAGAUUCGCCCAUCUCCGUAUUUGAAUAUCCCAAGCCAGCCGGAAUCCUACCUACCGAGCACUCUUCAUGCCCCAGGGGCAUGCCCGGGGGGUGCCUUGUUUGAGGAGAUGAAUGUGAAAAGGGGCCGGAAAGCAGAUGAACCAUUCUUCGAUCCAGCCAUGGGGUUAGACAUUGGACAGGCGAUCCAGACGAUCAAGGAUGCCCAGUUAGCGGAUGCCCAGAAAGAUGUGUUCUUCAUAUAUGCCCAUGAUGCUACCAUUAGAGGGGUUGUUGACCUAUUCCCACUGCCAGCCAAUGAUUGGAGCAAGAAGGGGUGGCGUGAGAAGACACUCUGGGCUUUUUUGAAUGAUCUAGCUAAUGUUCUUUAA